GCUCUCUCCUUCUCUCUCUCUAUCAGAAUUCCUCCCUACCUGUCUGAACAGGGAGCAGUAGAGGGCUGCAGGACAGAGGAGAGCGAGAAAGAGGAGAAAGAAAGGGAGAGGAGGAGAGUAGGAGGAACAAAGACAUAGUGAGGGAGAACAGGAAAGAGGUGUGUGUAUUGAGAAAAGUGUGGACUGACAGAGAGGUAGAGAGGAGUAGAGGGGUGCAUAAGAGAAGCGUUGUGAGGAGGUUGCUCUGUUUUUGUCCUUUGGAAAACCUUUUCCCUGUUGGUGUCGUGUUGGCUUGGUAUGGAUGCUAUCAUGCUGCAGGAGAAACUAGUGGAACGCUUGCUGUGCCCUCGAGUCAGAACCGCCAGGCAGAAGGUAAAGAACUGGAACAUGACAGGCGAGAGAGGAUAGGGAGUGAGAGGGGGAGACAGAGGAGAGGAGAGAGAAAGUGGAGGAGAGGAAAGAAAAGAAAAGGGAGAGGGGGUCAAUGUCAAAGAGAAAUUGACAGUUAACACACACAAGCACAGGUCAGCAAACUCUCAUAGAAACACCAUAUUUCUCUCUAACAUGUCAUAUUAGUAUGGAAUAUAGAACAUACUGUUUUCUUAAGUCAUGUCCUGAUGAGUUCAUGACAGAUUUAUGGGUAGUUUGGUUGUUCUGACUGUGGCAUAUUUGUUCCCACACACACCCUAGAAGUCAGAUGUUUGUAUGAUUACUAAUUGAAAUAGAUUUCCCAAUUAUGUGUGUGUGAGUGACUUCAGCACUAGCUCUCUUCCAUGUCUAUGUAUGCUGUGACUGUGUGUAUGCGUGUGCGUGUGUGUGGGUUUGUAAGCCUUGCCCCAGGAGCUGUCGGGAAUGCAUAUGACAGGUUAUGACAACUUAUAAUAGACCCUGACUGAGUAUUUCUUUGGCGUGUGUUUGUGUUGGUUAGGGGUUUUAAAAGGGCCAUUCAGGUCUGGUCAAUACAGCCGUUGUCACCCUCUGUUGGCUGCCAGACUCUGGCCUUGGUAGACUGGCAAGGCUGAUAGUGUGUUUGUGUGUGUGUGGGUGGGGUAUGGGGUCUUCAGUACUGUAGGGUCUGAGUAAGGAGAAGCUUUGGAUGAUGUGUGAAUGGUGUCAGAAGGGGAUGAGGAGAGCUGCCAGAUAGACAGCCAUUGUGUAGUGGAAAAGUCAUAGAUCAGUCAUACUUUUCUCUCUCUUUCUCUCACUGUGUUUGUGUGUGUUUUUUAUGUAUGCGUGUGUGUCUGUUUGUGUGUUUGUGUAUGAAUGUGCGUUUGUGUGUGUGUGUGUGUGUGUGUGUGUGUGUGUGUGUGUGUGUGUGUGUGUGUGUGUGUGUGUGUGUGUGUGUGUGUGUGUGUGUGUGUGUGUGUGUGUGUGUGUGUGUGUGUGUGUGUGUGUGGAAAAAGAGCAGCGCCAGGUCUUAGAGACUAAAUGGAAUGCAUUUCCCCGUUUCCCCCCUCCUAUUGUCAAGGGAUUUGUCCAUACUGUAAUUCUAGCAGAGUGGGUUGAAUUGAGUUUGAACUUCAGCUGUAUUUUAAUUUAAAUGACAAUUUUUUCUAAUUUAUUUAGCUCUUAGGAAUGUUGCUUUGAAUCGAUAUCUGACUGAGGAUAUCAUAUGUUCGUUUACCUAUUGUGUGAGUGUGACUGAGUCUCUCUCUCUCUAUCUCACCCUCUCUCUGUCUCUUUCUUGCUCUGUCUCUCUCCCCCUCACUCUUUCUCUCUGUCUCUCUGUCUCGCUCUCUGUCUCUCUUUCUGUCUCGCUCUCUCUCAGGAGAAGCAGUAUGUGGGUUUUGCCACCCUCCCUAACCAGGUGCACAGGAAGUCAGUGAAAAAGGGAUUUGACUUCACCCUCAUGGUCGCCGGUCAGUGAAAGUAUUUUUUGUAGCAUUUACUGUAGUAAAAGUAAAACAACCCAGUGAUAUUAAGUAUUUCAUGUGUGUUCAUGAAUGUUGACUCUGUGUUAGUGUUGAUGGCCAUGUGUGUGUCUGUGUGUGUCGGUGACUGUUUAGAAACAUGUUAUACUGAACAAAAAUAUAAAGUGUUGGUCCAUGUUUGAUGAGCCAGAAUUAAAGAUCCCAGAAAUGUUUCAAUACGCACAAAAAUCUUAUUUCUCUCACAUUUUGAGCACACAUUUGUUUACAUCCCUGUUAGUGAGUGUUUCUCCUUUGCCAAGAUAAUCCAUCCACCUGACAGGUGUGGCAUAUCAAGAAGCUGAUUAAACAGCAUGAUCAUUACACAGGUGCACGUUAUGCUGGGGACAAAAGGCCACUCUAAAAUGUGCAGUUUUGUCAAACAACACAAUGCCACAGAUGUCUCAAGGUUUGAGGGAGUGUGCAAUUGGCAUGCUGACUGCAGGAAUGUCGACCAGAGCUGUUGCCAGAUCAUUCAAUGUUAAUUUCUCUUCCAUAAGCCACCUCCAACGUUGUUUUCGAGAAUUUGGCAGUACGUCCAACCGGCCUCACAACCGCAGACCACGUGUAACCACGCCAGCCCAGGACCUCCACAUCCGGCUUCUUCACCUGCGGGAUCGUCUGAGACCUGCCACCUGGACAGCUGAUGAAACUGUGGGUAGCACAACCGAAGAAUUUCUGCACAAACUGUCAGAAAGCGUCUCAGGGAAGCUCAUCCGCAUGCUUGUUGUCCUCACCAAGGUCUUGACCUGACUGCGGUUCGAUGUUGUGAUCGACUUCAGUGGGCAAAUGCUCACCUUCGAUGGCCACUGGCAUGCUGGAGAAGUGUGCUCUUCACGGAUGAAUCCCGGUUAGAACUGUACCGGGCAGAUGGCAGAUGUUGUAAACAGAGUGCCCCCGUGGUGGCAGUGGGGUUAUGGUAUGGGCAGGCAUAAGCUACGGACACAAUUGCAUUUUAUUGAUGGCAAUUUGAAUGCACAGAGAUACCAUGACAAGAUGCUGAGGCCCAUUCAUCUGCCGCCCUCAACUCAUGUUUCAGCAUGAUAAUGCACGGCCCCAUGUCGCAAGGACUUCAGUGCGGCUUUUUACAUUAUUGAUCAUAGUCUGUUGCUGGAAAAACGUAUGUGUUAUGGCUUUACACCCCCUGCUAUAUUGUGGAUAAAGAGUUACCUGUCUAACAGAACACAGAGGGUGUUCUUUAAUGGAAGCCUCUCCAACAAAAUCCAGGUAGAAUCAGGAAUUCCCCAGGGCAGCUGUCUAGGCCCUUUUUACUUUUUUAAAUCUUUACUAACGACAUGCCACUGGCUUUGAGUAAAGCCAGUGUGUCUAUGUAUGCAGAUGACUCAACACUAUACACAUCAGCUACCACAGCGACUGAAAUGACAGCAACACUUAACAAAGAGCUGCAGUUAGUUUCAGAAUGGGUGGCAAGGAAUAAGUUAGUCCUAAAUAUUUAAAAAAAACUAAAAGCAUUGUAUUUGGGACAAAUCAUUCACUAAACCCUAAACCUCAACUAAAUCUUGUAAUGAAUAAUGUGGAAAUUGAGCAUGUUGAGGAGACUAAACUGCUUGGAGUAACCCUGGAUUGUAAACUGUCAUGGUCAAAACAUAUUGAUACAACAGUAGCUAGGAUGGGGAGAAGUCUGUCCAUAAUAAAGCGCUGUUCUGCAUUCUUAACAGCACUAUCAACAAGGCAGGUCCUACAGUUUUGUCGCACCUGGACUACUGUUCAGUCGUGUGGUCAGGUGCCACAAAGAGGGACUUAGGAAAAUUCCAAUUGACUCAGAACAGGGCAGCACGGCUGGCCCUUGGAUGUACACAGAGAGCUAACAUUAAUAAUAUGCAUGUCAAUCUCUCCUGGCUCAAAGUGGAGGAGAGAUUGACUUCAUCACUACUUGUAUUUGUGAGAGGUAUUGACAUGUUGAAUGCACCGAGCUGUCUGUUUGAACUACUGGCACACAGCUCGGACACCCAUGUAUACCCCACAAGACAUGCCACCAGAGGUCUCUUCACUGCCUUGGCAGCAGCUAAUGGGGAUCCAUAAUAAAUACAAAUACAAAUCUGUACACAAUUCCUGAAAGCUGAAAAUGUCCCAGUUCAUCCAUGGCCUGCAUACUCACCAGAUAUGUCACCCAUUGAGCAUGUUUGGGGUGCUCUGGAUCGAUGGGUACGACAGCGUGUUCCAGUUCCCGCCAAUAUCCAGCAACUUUGCACAGCCAUUGAAGAAAAGUGGGACAACAUGUCAUAGGCCACAAUCAACAACAGCCUGAUCAAAUCUGUCACGUUGUAAACUGAUAGAAGACAGGUGCAGGAAUGCGUAAUAGGGUUUUUUAUUACUCUACCCAACAUAAGGUACGUCAUGGAAAACGACGGGGACGAAGCCCAAAACAAACACUUAUAUAUAUAACGCAGGGAUGUAACCCAACCAAAUGAGCGAGGUGUAAACCUCUAAAUAAUACAUGGGACGAGACCCGUAAUAACAAGUGCACAAUACUCGGUGUGUAAACUGUAAUAACAUGGGACAAUAAUCGACAAGGACAAUGGGGAACAGAGGGCACAUAUAAAGUGCCUUGGCAUUUUUCCUAUUUUGUUGCCUUACAACCUGGAAUUUAAAUUGCUUUUGGGGGGUUUGUAUCAUUUGAUUUAAACAACAUGAUGCAAAAUAUUUCUUCUUGUGAAACAAACAAGAAAUAAGACAAAGAAACAUGCAUAACUAUUCACCCCCCCAAAGUCAAUACUUUGUAGAGCCACCUUUUGCAGCAAUUACAGCUGCAAGUCUCUUGGUGUAUGUCUCUAUAAGCUUGGCACAUCUAGCCACUGGGAUUUUUGCCCAUUCUUCAAGGCAAAACUGCUCCAGCUCCUUCAAGUUGGAGGGGUUCCGCUGGUGUACAGAAAUCUUUAAGUCAUACCACAGAUUCUCAAUUGGAUUGAGGUCUGGGCUUUGACUAGGCCAUUCCAAGACAUUUAAAUGUUUCCCCCUAAACCACUCAAGUGUUCCUUUAGCAGUAUGCUUAGGGUCAUUGUCCUGCUGGAAGGUGAACCUCCGUCCCAGUCUCAAAUCUCUGGAAGACUGAAACAGGUUUCCCUCAAGAAUUUCCCUGUAUUUAGCACCAUCCAUCAUUCCUUCAAUUCUGACCAGUUUCCCAGUCCCUGCCGAUUAAAAACAUCCCCACAGCAUGAUGCUGCCACCACCAUGCUUUACUGUGGGGAUGGUGUUCUCUGGGUGAUGAGAGGUGUUGGGUUUGCACAAGACAUAGCGUUUUCCUUGAUGGCCAAAAAGCUCAAUUUUAGUCUCAUCUGACCAGAGUACCUCCUUCCAUGUUUGGGGAGUCUCCCACAUGCCUUUUGGCGAACACCAAACGUGUUUGCUUAUUGUUUUCUUUAAGCAAUGGCUUUUUUCUGGCCACUCUUCCGUAAAGCCCAGGUCUGUGGAGUGUACGGCUUAAAGUGGUCCUAUGGACAGAUACUCCAAUCUCCGCUUUCGAGCUUUGCAGCUCCUUCAGGGUUAACUUUGGUCUCUUUGUUGCCUCUCUGAUUAAUGCCCUCCUUGCCUGGUCUGUGAGUUUUGGUGGGCGGCCCUCUCUUGGCAGGUUUGUUGUGGUGCCAUAUUCUUUCCAUUUUUUUAAUAAUGGAUUUUAUGGUGCUUCGUGGGAUGUUCAAAGUUUCAGAUAUUUUUUUAUAACCCAACCCUGAUCUGUACUUCUCUUGAAAUUCAUAGAUUAUGGCCUAAUACAUUUAUUUCAGUUGACUGAUUUCCUUAUAUGAACUAUAACUCUACUAAAUUUUUGUUCAGUGUAUGUAAUAUGUAUAUCAUGUUACAGGGGAGUCUGGUAUGGGUAAAUCUACUCUGGUCAACAGCCUGUUCCUCACAGACCUGUACAAGGACAGGAAACUACUCAACGCUGAGGGUGAGUAACACAAACACACAUUAAAAUGUAAACUAGAGCCAUUUAAAAUGCCAUCUCAUCAAAGGUUAUCUUCCCUUUCUCCAUCAAUCCCUCCCUCUCUCCCUCCCUCUCUCAGAGCGUAUCAACCAGACAGUGGAGAUCAUUAAGCAUACAGUGGACAUUGAGGAGAAAGGAGUGAAGCUCAAACUGACCAUUGUAGACACACCAGGGUUUGGAGACGCUGUUAACAACAGUGAAUGGUGAGCUAAAUCUCUCUGAGGCUUCUUUAUGGGUUAGAACAGUGUUUCCCAACUCCUCAAGUACCCCAAACAGUAAACAUUUAUAUUGUAGCCCCAGACGAACUCACCUGAUACAACUCAUUGAGGAUUUGAGGAUUAGUUGACAAGUUGAAUCAGUUGUGCUUGUCCGGGGCUACAACAAAGAAAUGUGUGCUGUUGGGGGAUCUCUAGGACUCUAGGAGUUGUGAAACAUUGGUUAGAAGAUUGACUUAAAAUUGGAAUGAUAGCGGCAAUUAAUCUUGUAUGUCGAUCCUGUAAACCUUGUGAAAAGCAUGAGCUGGCGCACACCCAAAAAUGUUAGUAGAGGUGCUGACUAACGGCGAGUAAACUGUAGGCUAUAAAAAUAAAUAAAGAGAUUCACACUCUAUAAACCACCAACGUUUCAGCAUCGCAGUGCCUUCUUCAGGAUGAUAAAUUACUGGGAGCUUAUAUAUAGUGUGCAACUCUAUUUUUAUAGUUCCUGUAUGCCUUGACUGAUUGUGGCGUGUGUGUGUGUUUGUGUGUGUGUGUGUGUGUGUGUGUGUGUGUGUGUGUGUGUAGCUGGAAGCCGAUCACAGACUACAUCGACCAGCAGUUUGAGCAGUACUUCAGAGAUGAGAGUGGACUGAACAGGAAGAAUAUCCAGGACAACAGAGUCCACUGCUGCCUCUACUUCAUACCUCCGUUCGGACACGGGUAACACAAACACACACACACAAACACAGGAAUGUGGUAGUGUAAUGACAGGUAUAGCCAUAAGAUAGUAGAUAGUAAUAACACAUCCUGAGUUUGAUGACCGGAGGAUAUCCUGAGUGGGGCAGUGGUCUAAGGCACUGCAUCGCAGUGCUAACUGUGCCACUAGAGAUCCUGGUUCGAAUCCAGGCUCUGUCGCCGCCGGCCGCGACCGGGAGACUCAUGGGCGGCGCACAAUUGGCCCAGAGUCGUCCAGGGUAGGGGAGGGAAUGGCCGGCAGGGAUGUAGCUCAGUUGAUAGUGCAUGGCAUUUGCAACGCCAGGGUUGUGGGUUCGAUUCCCACGGGGGCAGGUAUAAAAAAAAAUAUGUAUUCACUAACUGUAAGUCGCUCUGGAUAAGAGCGUCUGCUAAAUGACUAAAAUGUAAAUGUAAACAGCACCAAUACAACUCAACCAGCAAACACUGUUAUUACUGUCCACCUCAGUCAGAAUGCACUUAUCCCCCAUUAAAACUCUCACACACAUACAUGUAUGCACGCACAUACACUGACCAGGCGGGGUGUCUCCUCUCCCUUGCAGACUGCGUCCAGUAGAUGUUGAGUUUAUGAAGGCUCUCCAUGAGAAGGUGAAUGUGGUUCCUCUCAUUGCCAAGGCUGACUGUCUCACUCCCAAUGAGAUCAAUAAAGUCAAAGACAGGGUGAGUUCAACACAGCAGACAGACUAAAACUGCUGAAGCAGAUGUCACAUUAUGAUUGUAAGAUUGGAUGCAGGAACCUUAGGAAGUUGCUCACCCAGCACAAUGUGCGGUGUGUGUGUUUGCGUGUGCGUGUAGGUCCGUGAGGAGAUUGAGAGGUUUGGCAUUAAGGUGUACCAGUUCCCAGAGUGUGACUCUGAUGAGGACGAGGAGUUCAAACAACUGGACAAAGAACUGAAGGUGAGACACACAACUGGAGACCGAACAUUAAGAAUAGAUUUAAACUCAACCAUACCUUCUAACAUGUCAAUCUAUCAUGCCAAAUCCUAACCUGUGUGUGUGUGUGUGUGUGUGUGUGUGUGUGUGUGUGUGUGUGUAGGAGUGCUGUCCGUUUGCAGUGAUUGGUAGUAACACAGUGGUUGAGGCCAGGGGCCAGAAAGUGAGAGGGAGGCUCUACCCAUGGGGCAUUGUGGAAGGUUUGUGACAACAAUGGAGGACACAGAACAAUAUUAGUCAGGGCUUUGACUUUUUAAGUUGCAUGGUGAAACAUGCUUUUCCUCACAUAUAAACAUUUUUGAAGGAAAAAUGACUGAAACUCAAACUAUGAAAAACAACCUGUAUCUACCCGUAUAUCUCAACCAAUGCAUUAUGAUUAGGCUCAGUUUUCUUGCUCAGAAAACCCCCUAUUCCUAAUCGGAUACAGUGCAUCACUGCUGAUGGAUACAACAGAGAGGAAUGUUUUAUCUAAGCAAAUCAUGUCAGUGUAAAAUGACCCAGUCUGUCUGUGUUUCAGUGGAGAACCAGUCUCACUGUGACUUUGUGAAGCUGAGGAACAUGUUGAUUCGCUCCCACAUGCACGACCUCAAAGACGUGACCUGUGACGUGCACUAUGAAAACUACAGAGCCCAGUGUAUACAGGACAUGACCAGGUAUGUGCAUGUGUGUGCAUGCGUUUGUGUGUAUACCGUAGAGCAGGGUUUCCCAAACUCGGUCCCGGGGUCCCCCCUGGGUGCACAAACCAGAACGUGCAUCCAGGGGGGGCCCCAGGACCGAGUUUGGGAAACCCUGCUGUAGAGGUCAGAGAGAGUGCAAGACAGAAAGUAUGAGGUGCUUGGUUUAUAGCUGAUUUUUAUCUGAAGUUUUGUUUAUUAACAUUGCCCUUGUGUGAGUCUGUAUUCAUGUUCCUUAUGUGUUUUCCCCUCAGUAAACUGACACAGGACAACCGCAUGGAAAGCCCGAUCCCCACCCUGCCCCUAUCCACCCCAGACAUGGAGACAGAUAGACUCAUCAAGAUGAAAGAUGAAGAG